AUGACAGAAGAAAAAUUGUGCAAAUGUGCCACAGACAGAACAUUUAAUCAGCAUAAGAAGAGCCACUUAAGAGAUGAGAGAAAAAAAGAAAAAACACAGAGUGUUGGAUACUUUCAGCUGUUUCGAUUCGCCACAUGGAAAGACACAGUGAUGAUGGUGGUGGGGGGUUUGUGUGCCCUCGUACACGGUGCAGCUUCACCUCUCAUGCUCCUUGUGUAUGGCAUGAUGACAGACACAUUUGUGGCUUAUGAGCGGGAAGUCCAAGAACUGAAAGACCCGAACAAGGAAUGCAACAACAACACCAUCUACUGGAUAAAUGGCUCUGUAUAUGAAACAGCUGAAAACAGCACUGUGCGUUGUGGGGUGGAUAUUGAAGCUCAGAUGACCAUGUUUGCAUAUUACUAUGUUGGAAUUGGAUUAGGAGUUCUGAUUGUUAGUUAUUUUCAGAUUGUCUUCUGGGUGUCAGCGGCCGCAAGACAAAUUCAGAAAAUAAGAAAUACUUAUUUCAGAAAAGUAAUGCAAAUGGAGAUUGGAUGGUUUGACUGCAACUCUGUUGGCGAGCUGAACACGAGGAUAUCAGAUGAUAUCAACAACAUCAACAAUGCCAUGGCCGACCAGGUGUCUUUCUUCAUUGAGAGGCUCUCUACGUUUGUGUUUGGCUUCAUGGUGGGAUUCAUUGGCGGAUGGAAGCUGACUUUAGUGGUCAUAGCAGUGAGCCCUCUGAUUGGACUAGCUGCUGGACUUAUGGCCAUGGCUGUGGGCAGGCUGACAGGACAGGAGCUGAAGGCCUACGCGAAGGCAGGGGCAGUGGCUGACGAGGUCCUGUCAUCCAUCAGAACGGUAGCAGCAUUUGGUGGGGAGGAGAAAGAAACUGAAAGAUAUGACAGAAACCUCGUGGAAGCUCAGAACUUUGGUGUGAAAAAGGGCACGGUCAUUGGAGUUUUUCAGGGAUACCUGUGGAGCAUCAUUUUCUUUUGUUUCGCUUUGGCCUUUUGGUAUGGAUCAAAACUGGUCAUCGACACCAAGGAACUGUCUCCUGGUAGUCUUAUUCAAGUAUUCUUUGGAGUACUCAUGGCAGCCAUGAACCUGGGCCAGGCCUCGCCCUGCCUGGAGGCCUUCGCUUCUGGUCGUGCUGCAGCCAAGAUAAUUUUUGACACAAUCGACCGGGAACCAGAAAUCGAUUGUUUCUCAGAAAAAGGUCGCAAAUUAGACAAAGUAAAAGGUGACAUUGAGUUCCAUAAUGUCACUUUCUUCUACCCAUCCCGGCCUGAAGUCAAGAUUUUAAAUGAUCUGAGCAUGCAGAUCAAAGCAGGAGAAACCACUGCGUUUGUGGGUUCGAGCGGAUCUGGGAAGAGCACUACAAUCCAGCUCAUCCAAAGGUUUUAUGACCCAAAGGGAGGAAUGGUGACUUUGGAUGGCCAUGACAUUCGUACUUUAAACAUCCAGUGGCUCCGAUCUCUCAUUGGCAUUGUAGAGCAGGAGCCAGUGCUGUUUGCUACAACCAUUGCAGAAAACAUCCGGUUUGGUCGACCUGGAGUAACCAUGGAAGACAUCAUCCAAGCAGCAAAAGAGGCUAAUGCCUAUAAUUUCAUUAUGGAUCUGCCACAGAAAUUUGAUACCAUGGUGGGAGAAGGUGGAGGACAGAUGAGUGGAGGACAGAAGCAGAGGAUUGCAAUUGCUCGGGCUCUGAUCCGAAACCCCAGGAUCCUGCUCCUGGACAUGGCCACAUCUGCCUUAGACAAUGAGAGUGAGGCUGUUGUCCAGGAGGCACUGGAUAAGGUGCGCAUGGGCAGAACAACAAUUUCUAUAGCCCACCGUCUUUCCACAAUUAGAAAUGCAGAUGUGAUCAUUGGUUUUGAGCACGGACAGGCUGUGGAGAAGGGAACACACAGCGAGCUAAUAGAAAGACAAGGGGUCUACUUCACCCUGGUCACCCUGCAGAACGAAGGCCCAUCCAACACAACUAAUGAUGCAAUCAGUGAAGCUCUUGAAGACUUUGUUGUAAAAGCGAGGAGUUUUAGCCGUGGAAGCUCCGGAUCCAGGAGAAGUUCUGUUCGCCUACGCUCUCAGAGCAAAUUGUCGAGUAAUUUUGUCCCAGACACACUACCAGACGGCCUCAUCAUCAGCACAGAAAAUAAAUGCGAGGAUUAUCCAGAUGAGCAUGUAACGCCUGCCCCAGUAGCUCGUAUCCUCAAGUACAACCAGUCAGAAUGGCCCUACAUGCUGGUGGGCUCACUGGGAGCAGCUCUCAAUGGCUCUGUCAACCCCAUCUAUGCUGUCCUGUUCAGCCAAAUUCUUGGGACUUUUGCCAUUCCCGACUUGAACAAACAGAGGGAGCAGAUCAAUGGGAUAUGUGUUCUGUUUUGCUUUGUGGCUGUGAUUAGUUUCUUUUCACAGUUUAUACAGGGAUUUGCUUUUGCUAAAUCUGGAGAGCUUCUCACCCGCCGUCUAAGGAAAGUGGGCUUUCAGGCAAUGCUGAGACAGGAGAUUGGCUGGUUUGAUGACCCCAGAAACAGCCCUGGAGCUCUGACCACCAGACUGGCCACUGAUGCAUCCAUGGUGAAGGGGGCUACAGGAUCUCAGAUUGGGAUGAUCGUUAGCUCGCUGACCAACAUCGGAGCAUCUUUCAUCAUUGCUUUCUACUUCAGUUGGAAGUUAACUUUGGUAAUCAUGUGCUUCCUGCCACUCAUCGGGCUGUCUGGGGUGUUCCAAGCCAAAAUGCUGACAGGCUUUGAAAAUGAAGAUAAAAAAGCGAUGGAGGUAGCAGGUCAGGUGUCCAGUGAGGCUCUUGCCAACAUCAGGACUAUAGCAGGCUUGGCCAAAGAGAGCUCAUUUGUGGAAUCAUAUGAGCAGAAACUCGAGCUUCCAUAUAAAUCUGGCAAGAAGAGAGCCAAGAUCUAUGGGCUCUGUUUUGGUUUUGCCCAGUGUGUCAUCUUCAUGGCAUAUGCUGCUUCGUUUAGAUAUGGAGGCCAUCUGGUUAGCUCCGAGGGGUUAUCAUACAUGUUGGUUUUCAGAGUUAUUUCAGCCGUAGUUAUCAGUGGGACAGCACUGGGCAGAGCUUCCUCUUUCACUCCAGAUUACGCCAAAGCCAAAACUGCUGCUGCUCAGUUUUUUAAACUAUUGGACCGAGUUCCUAAAAUCAGCAUGAGCCACACAGAUGGAGAGAAAUGGGACAACUUCAGAGGUGAAAUACAGUUCCUCAACUGCAAGUUUACCUAUCCAACUCGGCCAGAUAUCCAGGUGCUGAACGGCCUGGUUGUGUCUGUGAAACCUGGUCAAACUUUGGCAUUUGUCGGGAGCAGCGGCUGUGGGAAAAGCACCAGUGUUCAGCUGCUGGAGAGAUUCUAUGACCCCGAUGAAGGGCAAGUGUUGAUUGAUGGCCGCCCAUCUCAUUCAGUAAAUGUGCCCUUCAUAAGAUCUCAGAUUGGCAUAGUGUCCCAGGAGCCAGUGUUGUUUGACUGCAGCAUAGCGGAGAAUAUUCGGUAUGGAAAUAACACAUGCAGUGUCAGCAUGGAGGAGAUUAUUGAGUCCUCGAAGAAAGCCUUCCUUCAUGAUUUUGUCAUGACGCUACCAGAUAAAUAUGAGACUCAGGUUGGUGCCCAGGGCUCCCAGCUGUCAAGAGGACAAAAACAACGCAUCGCCAUUGCCCGGGCCAUCGUCAGAAACCCCAAGAUCCUGCUGCUGGAUGAGGCUACCUCUGCCCUGGACACAGAGAGUGAAAAGACGGUCCAGUCGGCUCUGGAUGAGGCCAGAAAAGGACGAACCUGCGUUGUCAUCGCUCACCGGCUGUCCACCAUCCAGACUGCUGACAUCAUAGCAGUGAUGUCUCAGGGAGCUGUCAUAGAACAAGGCACACACGAUGACCUCAUGGCCAAGAAAGGCGCCUAUUAUAAACUAGUUAAAACAGGCGCUCCUAUCAGCUAG